UUCGCUUUUUAGUUUUUUGCCCAUGCUAGAUUAUAAGUGCUUUUAUAGCUCAAACGAUUGGAGUGUACUUGAAAGUCUGUGUGUGUGGAGACUGAAGCAUCGGUAUCCCUCAGUAAUUGGUGCGCGGAGGUCAAGUGGCAUUCGUUAGGUGCAAAUUACUUAAAGCCGACUCCGGCGUAAUUGACCCAGACUGUAUAAUGUUACGUAAUUACGAUGAAACGAAAUGAAAGGAGGUAAGAUCUCGCGGAAAACUUCAAAAAUAACUUUGAAGUCUUGUCCUCCUUAAUUAAGUAUAUAGAAAAACGGGCCUAUGAAUAUUUUGAGUUAACUUAAAGAUCUAUUUUUUACUUAAGUAUAUUAAUUUGUAAAAUAUUUUAUUAUUUUUAAUUUUGACAACCGGGUUGAACAUAGAUGAAUGGCUCAUUACUCGUACGUACUAAACGACACAUUACCUCAGUACUAAGUAAGAUGACUCAACAUAAACUUACUAUUUAAACGGAAUGACUAUCAAAUUUUAUUACAUACGUAUGAUACGACAUAUCGUGACAAUACAUAAAACGAAUAGAGAUCGAAAAAUGCGGCGUAGUGAAACUGACACUGCCCUUUGGGAUAGAAGGUGUGUGCAAACAAAACAUUUACGAUGGGUUCCUUGUGUGUCAAGCUGCUAAAGCAAACACUCGUCAAUCUAAAGAGAAGAUGACGCGUGGCGUGCGUCGAGGGUGCGUGCGACUCCGCGCAGCUGUCAUAGGCAUCGAUGAUGAAGACGACUCCACCUUCACCAUCACCGUAGAUCAUAAGACCUUUCACUUCCAGGCUCGCGACGGGUCUGAACGCGAGCGCUGGGUCCGUGCCCUGGAGGACACGAUAUCGCGUCACGGGCGCCGCGAGCGCUGGUCGCGCUGCAUGCCGGCCCCGAGACACCGACACGGGGACCUCGAGCGCAGAAUAGCUGAGGCCGAUGCAUAUCUCCAGAUCAUGAUCGAGCUGGUUUCUAAAAUGAAUACGCGAGUAUCGGAGCUGGCUGAUCCUCACGAAAAGACUAAAGGACAAGUUAUCUUAGACCAUUCCAAUGCCAUGUUGGACAACAUAAAACAUUCCAUUGUGCUGCUACAAAUAGCUAAGAAUACAGUUAAUCCAGUAAACGGAGUAUAUCAGGGACCUACAAAUCCUUCACAAACACAUAUCAAACAAGACGCGGAGCUGUCCCCGCGCGUGGAGCUGGGCGCGGAGUGCCGCGAGCUGGCCGCGCCCGCGCUGGCGCUGCCGCCGCUGCAGCCGCUCGAGCAUCUGGAUGCGCCCACGAUGUCCCUGUUGGUGCCGGACACGUCGUACUCGUCUUCGGAGGGCGAGGACGACUUCUACGACGCGGACGACGAGCCCGCCGACAUGCCGAUGCCGGGGCCCAGCGCUAGCCGCACGUGCCCGACGGAGGGCGCGCCCGAGCAGGACUCGGCGCAGCCCGCCGUCGACCUGCCCCGCACACGCGACGGCGAGAUAGACUACGACGGUGAGUCCAAUCAAAUCACACCCCAGUCAGCAUGCAACGGCCCUCCCGACACAAACCUCGCCAGUUUCGACGCUUUAUACGAGGAUGAGUCGGACAGCGACCUCGGGUCCAUGGAGAACCAUGGCUCCGUGGUCACGCACCUCCUGUCGCAAGUCAAGAUUGGGAUGGAUCUCACUAAGGUUGUAUUGCCAACAUUUAUCUUAGAAAGGCGAUCGCUACUAGAGAUGUAUGCAGACUCCUUCGCUCAUCCGGAUCAAUUUGUUAAGAUAGUAGACCAACCGACACCUCGGGACCGUAUGGUGCAAGUGGUCCGCUGGUACCUGAGCUCGUACCACGCGGGCCGCAAGUCGCAGGUCGCCAAGAAACCGUACAACCCAAUCCUGGGAGAGGUGUUCCGCUGUCACUGGGACCUCGACGGAGCGACCGAGACCACUUCUAAUGAUAAGCAAGAAGUAGGCGACGGUCCAGUGCCCUGGUGCACCCCGGACCAGCUCUCCUUCGUAGCGGAGCAGGUCUCCCACCACCCCCCCAUCUCCGCAUUCUACGCGGAACACGUCAACAAGCGCAUACAGUUUGAGGCCUGGGUCUGGACCAAGAGCAAGUUCCUUGGACUGUCCAUCGGAGUACAUAAUAUAGGGAAAGGAACCGUCACGCUGUUGGACACCGGUGAAGAAUAUACGCUUACAUUCCCUAAUGGUUAUGGCAGAUCGAUCCUCACGGUCCCCUGGAUAGAGCUCGGCGGGUCUGUGGUCAUCGAGUGCGUUCAAACGGGCCACAAGGCGAAUGUCGAGUUCCUUACGAAGCCGUUCUACGGCGGCAAGAAACAUCGCGUCACCUGCGAAGUGUUCGCGAGCAGCGACAAGAAACCGUACUAUACUGCGCAGGGAGAAUGGAACUCUAGGAUGGAUGGCAGAUGGACGGAUUCCGGGCGCUCGGAGGUCCUGUUCGAGGUGUCGAGCAUGAAGCCGCGGCGCAAGCGCGUGGCGCCGGUGUCGCGGCAGGCGGCGCACGAGUCGCGGCGCGUGUGGCGCCACGUCACGUGCGCGCUGCGCGCCGCCGACUGCGACGCCGCCACCGCCGCCAAGCGCGCCGUCGAGCAGGCGCAGCGCGACCAGGUCAAGCUGCGCGAGGCCGCCGGCGAGCGGUGGAACACGCUGCUGUUCAGUCCCAAAGGCGAGGAUGGUUGGGAGUUCACGAUGCCCCUCAGGAAACGUCUCAGCACAAGCAAGACAACGCCCCAACAUAAAAACGGAGAAACCGCCGAAAACUCUAGAUAAUCUUCUCAACAAACAACCUUGGACUAUUGAAUUAAGGUAGAAAUUCCUUCGUCACAGCAAAACGGACCUUGUAGGGUAGGACAACGUUCACACAGUGACGCACUCUACUGACGUCACUGCACUUCGGGGGUGUUCGGGUAUUUUCGUCAAUAUGAGACAGAUUGUAGUGUUGUCCUUUUCUAAGAAACGAUUAGUUACGAACAUUGCCGAAGAGUGGCGUCGUUUUAUGUUUAGAAAUGAGAAUGCUGGACCGAUAAGUCUCUUUUGCCAUAAUUUUUACGGUUUCGAUGUUGUGCAUACUUUUGGAUCAUGAUUUUUACACCAUACGCCAUACGUAGAUGGAUUAUUUAAAUACUUACAUAGUAUAAAUAACUGCGUAUUUGGCAGCACUUGUGCGUAUUUACGCAUCCAUUUUAAUUAUUUUGAUACGAUGUCAUACAAUCGUAGAUGGAUUUUUGGUAAUAUCGUAUGGUAUAAAAUCAGAUUUGGAUUGGAAGUAUACAAUCACAUAGUAAAUUAAUUUCUAUAUUUUUAUGCGAAGUUUUAGAUUUUUAUUGACACUUAAAACACAUUCACGCUAGGUAUGUAAAAUAUGUAAAAAAAAAACGUAAUAUAGAUUUAUUUGUGUAUUUAAUUUUGAACUUUUGUGUACUUGUAUACGGCAAGGGUUAUUAAGGGUGUAAGUCAAAAAUAUGCAAAACUAACGUGAAUGGGAGAAAAUACUCAACAUAUUGUUAUGUAAUCAAGACUAUGUGGUUGUAUCUUUGGAAUGUGUCGACUAAAUUGGUGGAAAUAUUCUUUAGUAACGACUAGAUUCUGAACACCCUAUAUAUUAGCGGUUCGCAAUUUCCUCGAUACAUUUUUACAACAAAUGUGUGCACAUCACUAUUUUUAUUAAGUUUUAUUUUAUAAUGCAUACUUCUUUGUAAAUUCUCAAUCUUAUGGCCUAUGAUAGAUGAUUCAGCAAUAAAUACUUGUAAAUAGUGUUAUUAUUGAAAUUGCAACGCUUUAUCAUUCUGUUCGUUUAGAACACGCGUACGCACCAUACGAGCCAGAUAUGGACUUAGAAAUUAAUUAAAUAAGUAUGUUUAAAGGAUCCUUUACAUCGGUCAAGUAACUGACUGACAUCAAGAAAAGUAUAAAUCGAUCGCAUCAUUACUGACUUAAAAUACAUUCUAACGAAUUGUUUAGAGUCAAGUUUCCUUCGAGUUACUGGCGCCAGUUACUUGCCCAAUGUAAACCAGCCUAAAAGUCAAUGAACGGCGUUAGGAUAAAAGUUGCGAAUUUAACGAGUAUUAUGAAAAGGAAAUGUUAUUAUAGUGGAUAGUUGGUUUUAGUCGGCAGCUGUAGCGUUGUGAGAUAAGGUUAUAGGAAAUUGUAAAAUAUGCAAAAUUUCAUAAUUUUCUUCAGACACCAUUGAUUUUUGCAAACAUUACAAAUAACACAAGUGUUUUAUGAUACAAUGUUACAAUAUAACAUAAGUUAUUCGCAAUUAAGGGGAUUUUUCAAAUAUAAAAACGUAGGUGAAAUGUUUUGUAAAGCAUUCUGAGUGAAUUGAUGCAGUGAGCAAUGAAUUACUGGCUUUCUUGUACAAGAAUAAGCUAUUACAUAACGUUAUCGACAGACAUCCUUUAAUAAGACCUUGCUAGUACUAUUACUGAUCUAAACGGUUCUAGGAACGGUCCCGUUUACACUUGAUUACAACAUUAAUUGAUUGGCAUAUAGAGUGCGUAAACUUGUCGCUAUUUCUAAUGUGCUCAUUGUCUGUCGAUAAUUACAACACGCCUUUUCCCAUUAAUAUUGCAAAGUAAAACGUACCCAAAAGGGUAUGAGAUCCCAGCCUGCAACAUAUUUAUUACCUAAACAUAUAAACAAACAUAUUAUUAUAAAUUCAGGAAUUUCUCUGUGUAGAAUUUGCAAGGAAAGAUUUUCAUCGUUUACGACAAUGAUUGUUAAAUAAUACUGUCAAAAAUAUCUAGAGAAAACUAUAUUCUAAUAAUGUCCAGUUAGAUUCUACAUUUUGUAUGCUACUGUAGUACGUAUUUAGAGCAAUAUCAUUCUAUAUUUAAUAGUAAUAUCCUGAGGUUUGUAUCAAUAUAAUGACGCGGUUAGACACAAUGUUUUGUCAUAUCAAUAUAUCAGUUGUAAGGGAGUAUUGAAACAUGUAUGUGUUAUCGUGCUCAUUAAUAUCGAAUUGUAUUUCUAAAUGUGAGGAAACUACAUCCUAGCUAAAGUUUUAUACAACGUAAUUAUUUAUUUAAUAACUGUUUAGGUCAUGCGUUUUUUUCGGGAUCGCCACUGGUUUCGGACCCCGCCGGAGUUCUUAGUCAUGAGCUGACGCAGCGAGUAAACGAGAGAACUGGUUGAGUAAAACGUUAUCAAAUAAAUAAUUAUGAAUCCGCCUCACAAAAGCUGUCAACGUUUUUUGACACACAGUUCUCAAUACUACCAUUAUUAUGCAUGAAAAUAAAUAACUUUCUCCAAGAAAGCAGCAAUACAAUCCAUAUUUAACCACGCAGCUGCAUUCAUAAUAUAAUGUCCGACCUCAGUACAAAAAACGUUGAAUAAAACCUUUUCUAUCAAGUCUAUAAAAACGGCCGUAGUGACAACUUGGUCUAUCCAGUGUUGCGCUUUAAAAAUGAAGUUUUUCAGAGUCGGGAAGGUGUAUCAACUUCAAGUAGUUUAUCUGUCGUCGCCUCAUAAAGGAUAUUACUAUACGUUUAAUUAACAUCAUGUCACACAGUCACACCUGUCCAUCAGUUUCCAUGUCCACGGGACUCUAAACUUCACUUUACAAUUAGUCAGUAGGUGCUUACAUUUCUAAGUCCAUUACAGUAGGUCGGUUCAAUUCUAAUAAUUAGCGAAAAGACUGACAAUGUGAACGAAAUCAAACGGAAUCGACGGUCACUUGCAAAAA